CGGCGGAAGUUUGAGUGAAAUGAGUCAAUAUAGUGUGAGAGUUCCCAGCUGUUACAGGCGCGUCCCAUAUCAGUGAGUCCGACUGAAUCCUCAGUUUCCUGUCAAAGAAGCAGAAGAACGCUGUAGAAUAAAGGAUAAGGAUGGAGCUAGAGAAUAAAUUCAAGAAGGUGACACUUGGUCAUGAGGAAGGAUCUGGUGCUCCAUGUUUAAAAUGCAAAGAAAAAUGUGAGGGAUUUGAACUGCAUUUUUGGAGGAAAAUAUGUAGAAACUGCAAAUGUGGCCAAGAAGAACAUAGCGUCCUUUCUAACAAUGAAGAUGAUCGGAAAGUGGGGAAGCUAUUUGAGGAUACAAAAUAUACAGCUCUUAUCGCAAAGCUGAAAACUGAUGGCAUACCCACCUAUAAACGAAACGUGAUGAUACUCACAAGCCCAGUUGCAGCAAAAAAGGACGUGUCCAUUAAUACCGUGACCUAUGAAUGGGCACCUCCAGUGCAAAACCAGGCCCUGGCCAGACGUUAUAUGGAACUAAUUCCAAAAGACAAACAGCCUGUCGCUGGUUCAGAAGGUGCUCAGUACAGAAAGAAGCAGUUGGCUAAGCAGCUGCCUGCUCAUGAUCAAGAUCCUUCCAAGUGUCAUGAAUUGUCUCCAAAUGAGGUGAAGCAAAUGGAGCAGUUUGUGAAGAAAUAUAAAAAUGAAGUCCUUGGUGUGGGAGAUGUCAAACUUCCCAAAGAAGUGGAGGCACAAGCUAGUGGAGCAGGUAGAUCAACUAAUGGAAGUUUGAGCACGCUUACAACUGUUAAGAGCACAGACGACAAGGUGGCUGCUCAGAAGGGAUCUACAUAUUAUUGUUUCCGGUGCAAAGAGAACAUGAGAGAAGGAGACCCCGCUGUAUAUGCUGAGCGUGCUGGAUAUGACAAGUUGUGGCAUCCUUCUUGCUUUGUCUGCUUCACUUGCAAUGAACUUCUAGUUGAUAUGAUCUAUUUCUGGAAAAAUGGAAAGCUGUACUGUGGAAGGCAUUACUGUGACAGUGAAAAGCCACGUUGUGCUGGUUGUGAUGAGCUGAUCUUCAGUAAUGAAUACACUCAAGCAGAAGGUCUGAACUGGCAUCUCAAGCAUUUCUGUUGCUUCGAUUGUGACAUUGUCCUUGCUGGAGAGAUCUACGUGAUGGUGAAUGAUAAAGCAGUCUGUAAGCCAUGCUAUGUGAAAAACCAUGCUGUGUCAUGCCAAGGCUGCCAUAAUGCCAUCGACCCUGAGGUUCAGCGUGUGAGUUAUAAUGGCUUCCACUGGCAUGCAGCACCAGAGUGCUUUAUUUGCUCAUGUUGCAGCAAGUGUCUGAUUGGACAGAAGUUCAUGCCCAUUGAAGGAAUGGUGUUCUGCUCAGUGGAGUGCAAGAAAAAAAUGUCUUCAUAAUGAACAAAUGGAAAUAUCCGUUUAAAUGCUUAUUUUCAAGUGAUGAUCUGCAAGCAUUUUCAUGCCUAUGACAUUUUCUACAAAUUCACAACAAAUCCAUAAAUAGAAUAUUACACUGCUGUAGUGAAGAAAUAUAUAAAGCAUUUGUAUUUUUCAUACUGUGGCAUUCAGAAAUUGCAUAUGUGUGUAUAUAAAGGUUCUGUAAAGUGGAAGAUGGUAAUGUCAAA